GUCUGUGGAUCGUGGUUGUGUCACGCGUGGCCUCGUGAGGCUCCUGGAAAGUUUGUUUCUGAAGUUUUUCCUCCCCAGUCGGAGGGCAUCUGCUGUCCGUGCCGCCGCCGCUAUGUACUCGGUGUGGGUGCGGGGCUCCGCGCUGGGCCCCGGGCUGCAGAUUCCACUAAGUGCCCCCCUUGUGUCCCUCGCCAGGUCGGUGUCGGGGUCGCUGCUGGCGGAUCGGGAGCGGAAGCCCAAGAUGUGUGAGAACGGUACAGCGCCGCGCAUCCUCACCGCGGACACCAUGAACCCCAGCAUCCGGCGGGUGGAGUACGCGGUGCGGGGCCCCAUAGUCACCCGGGCCGUGGAGCUGGAGAAGGAGCUGCAGCAGGGUGUGAAGAAGCCGUUCACGGAGGUCAUCAAAGCCAACAUUGGAGACGCGCAUGCCAUGGGCCAGAAGCCAAUCACGUUCCUUCGCCAGGUCACGGCCGUCUGUCUGUACCCCGAGCUCCUGAACGAUAACAAGAUCCCGGAAGACGUGAAGCGGAAAGCGGCGCGGAUCCUGCAGGCCUGCGGGGGCCACAGCAUAGGGUCGUACAGCGCCAGCCAAGGGGUGGAAGUCGUUCGGCAGGACGUGGCCAAAUACAUCGAGAGGCGAGACGGUGGAAUCCCGUCCGACCCGGAGAACAUCUACCUGUCCACCGGGGCCAGCGACUCCAUCGUGACGAUGCUGAAGCUGCUGGUUUCGGGUAACGGGGCGACUCGCACCGGCGUCCUCAUCCCGAUCCCGCAGUACCCGCUCUAUUCGGCAGCCAUCGCCGAGCUGGACGCCGUGCAGGUGAAUUAUUACCUGGACGAGGAGAACUGCUGGGCGCUGGACAUUAAGGAGUUAAGGAGGGCGCUGGAGGAGGCCAGGAAACACUGCGACCCCAAAGUGCUUUGUAUCAUUAACCCCGGGAACCCCACAGGUCAGGUGCAGAGCAGGAAGUGUAUAGAAGACGUGAUCCGAUUCGCUGCUGAAGAGAACUUGUUCCUGAUGGCUGACGAGGUUUACCAAGAUAACGUCUACGCCAAGGGCUGCGCCUUCCAUUCCUUCAAGAAGGUUCUUUUUGAGAUGGGGCCCAAGUACUCCGACGUGGUGGAGCUGGCGUCCUUCCACUCCACCUCCAAGGGCUUCAUGGGCGAGUGUGGAUUCCGAGGCGGUUACAUGGAGGUGAUUAAUAUGGACCCCGCUGUAAAGAAUCAGCUGACCAAACUGGUGUCUGUCCGUCUGUGCCCCCCGGUGCCAGGGCAGGCCGUGCUGGAUGUAGUCGUGAGCCCCCCUCAGCCUGGAGAUCCUUCCUACAAACAGUUUGCCGCAGAAAAACAGGCGGUGCUGGGAAAUCUGGCGGAGAAAGCGCGUCUGACCGAGGAGAUCCUGAACCGGGCCCCGGGGAUCCGCUGUAAUCCAGUCCAGGGAGCCAUGUACUCCUUCCCCAGGAUCGAGAUCCCGGACAAGGCCAUCAAACUGGCGGAGGCAGAGGGUCAGGCCCCGGACAUGUUCUUCUGCAUGAAGCUGCUGGAAGAGACGGGCAUCUGCGUGGUACCCGGCAGCGGCUUCGGCCAAAGAGAGGGAACCCACCACUUCAGAAUGACCAUCCUGCCGCCGGCCGACAAGCUGAAGGCUCUCCUGGAGCGGCUGAAGGACUUCCACCAGAAAUUCACCCGGGAAUAUUCCUAGACAGCCGAUCCGCACCGUCCUCCCUGCAUCCGCCGUCCUGAUUGGACGAUCGCGGAGAGCGUAGAGAUCCCCCCCAAUCCCCCUUGCUUGUGGACUCGUGCCAAACCCCCACUCCCGGGAACGUCCUCUGCCCGGAUCCUGGCCGCCGACUUACCCCGAGGCGCUCGGCCGCCGACUA